UGAACUGCACUUCAGCGUGUGUGCGCGAACAGAAGACAAAAGCCCAACGGCCAGCUCUCUCGUUCAUCUUUGCUGCUCUGCACAGGCACAGGUGACAUUGCACCUGUUUAGUAGCUUUUUCCAGGGUCACAGGUCACUGAAUCACUGCAAGCUCUUCUGCAAGAGGCACCACCCCGUUGAGCGCUGCUCCAUUUCUCCCCCCUCUCUCCUUUUCUCUUCUCAUUUCGUUGAGUCGCUCCAUUGCCAUACUUGGCUAGCUACUGGUGGAGUGGUGACUGGUGAGCAGAAGAUUCAGAUUAGAGACCUUGUCUCUCUUUUGCCUGCGAUGGCUGGGAGUUUUGAUGGGAGGAUGCCAACAAGAGGGGUUGAACAGGCCAUUGUUUCUCUGAAGAAGGGAGCGCAUCUCCUGAAAUGUGGCAAGAGAGGGAAGCCCAAAUUCUGCCCAUUCCGGCUAUCUUCAGAUGAGAAGAUAUUAGUCUGGUACUCGAAGGACAGGGAAAAACACCUGAGCUUAAAUUCCGUUUCCGCUGUUGUUCUUGGGCAGAAGACUAUGAAUUUUCUGCGUCUUCGCUGGCCAGAGAAGGAAUCACAAUCGUUGUCACUUGUAUACAAAAACGGCGAGUGCUCAAUAGACUUGAUUUGCAGGGACAGAGAUCAAGCUGAAUGCUGGUUUCUUGGUUUGACUGCCUUAACAUCUUCUUAUAGUCCACUUCUGUUGGCCGUCUCAAAGGGCAGUAGACGGAUAAACAGUUGCGCGAGCAGUCCCCGCAGCUAUCUUCAGCGAAAGUGCAGAUCAGGUGCUCUUGACACACCAAGGCACACCCAGGUAUACCCAGCAUAUGGGAGUCCCAAGAUCAAACAGAAAAAAAUCUUUGGUAGUAAUCUUGAUGGUUCAGAAGCACUAUUUUACCCAAGGCAUCCAACAUUUCACGAUGUUGAUUCUUACAUUGAGAAUCUUAAUCCCAAGGUAGCAAAUCCAGUAAAACAUGGUCUGAAGGACAUCAUGGUUGCUAACAGAAGGGCACAGAAAACUACAGAGACACCUAAACUGAAGACAUUUGAAGGGCCCCGUGUGGCAUGUAGGCUGGAUUCACUGAAGGAUGUUUUUCUCUGGGGUAGUGUUCUUGGGAGUAUGUUAGGCAGUGAAGACAUUCCAAAAUCCCUUCCGAGACUGGUAGGCUCAGCUAAAAUGCUUGAUGUACAAAGCAUUGCUUGUGGGGAGAAUCAUGCAGCCAUAAUCACUAAGCAAGGGGAGGUCUACACCUGUGGCAAUGAUAGUUGUGGGGGAUCAGACCAAAAAGUAAAUCCAAAAAUAGUCGAGUCCCUUGCCUCUGUACAUGUCAAGGCAGUUGCAUUUGGAUCAAAGCACACAUGUGCAAUCACGGUUUCAGGAGAACUUUUUGAAUGGGGUGAAGGUGCUCAUAGCUUGGGAUUGAUGAAUGACUGGUAUGGAAGGAACCAAUGGUUUCCACAUAAAUUGUUUGGUCCUAUGGACAAUGUUUCUGUGUUGAAAAUUGCUUGUGGUGAGUGGCACACAGCUAUCAUAACAUGUUCUGGUCAGCUAUUCACAUAUGGCGACGGGACAUUUGGUGUUCUUGGGCACGGAGAUACUCAUGGGGUUUCUCGGCCAAAAGAAGUAGAGUCCUUAAAAGGGUCAAGAGUGAAAUCGGUAGCAUGCGGUCCAUGGCACACGGCUGCCAUCGUGGAAGUAAUGAGCAAGUCUAAGGGCAAUGCUCCAAGUGGCAAGUUGUUCACCUGGGGUGAUGCGGAUAGAGGAAAGUUGGGUCAUGCCGAUAAAAAAAUGAAGCUUCUGCCAACAUGUGUUGAUUCACUUACUGAUUACGAUUUUAUUCAGGUAUCCUGUGGGACAGCAUUGACUGUGGUGCUUACUGUUACUGGAAUGGUAUUUACUUUUGGAAGUUUUAGGCAUGGGCAACUUGGGAACCCCCAAGCAGAUGGUGAGUCUAUUUGCACUGUUGAAGGGCCACUUAAGACUGAGUUUGUCAGAGAGAUAUCUGCGGGUUCUUCCCAUGUAGCGGUGUUGACUAUGAGUGGGAAGGUUUUCACAUGGGGUAAAGGUGCAGAGGGUCAACUUGGUUUAGGUGAUUACAUUAAUAGGAGCUCUCCAACUUUAGUAGAGGCAUUAGAAGGCAGGAAUGUUGAAAGUAUAGUUUGUGGGUUCAAUUUUACUGCUGCAAUCUGUUUGCAUAAGACCAUGUCAAUGAAGGAACAAUCUGUAUGCAGCAGUUGCCAGAUGGCUUUUGGUUUUACUAGAAAGAAGCACAACUGUUACAACUGUGGUUCCAUGUUCUGCAGUUCCUGCACUAGUAACAAGAUCACGAUGGCAGCACUUGCACCAGACACUUACAGAAGGUACCGUGUUUGUGAUGUUUGUUUCUGUCAGUUAAAUAAAGUUGUGGAUUCUACCAAAGAUAAGCCCGGACUAAAGAUAAGCAAAGGAGAAAUGUUUAAAUUGGAAUUAAAGUCAUACACGCCUAAAUUUUCACGGCUAUUCAAGGAAGCAAAUUUUGUUGCAGAAAAGAUGGCAUCAGUACAAGGUGUCAGUCAGAAAAACGAGGAACCUGUCACUCCAGUGCAGACAAAAACUGAAAGAUGGGGGCAAGUUGAAUGCCCUUCUCAGUUUAUAUCUGCACAAGACAGUUUUCAAACUCAGACAGUAUCAAAUAAUGAGGAGUAUGGUAACUUUUUUUCACAAAGAAUGCAUGAUUCAGCAAUGCUGAAGUCUGGCAACUCUUUACGGUUUACUGACAUUCAAAGAGAAGAAAUAAAAAUGAUGCAAACAGAACUUAAAGAACAAGUGAAACAACUUCAUUCACAGGUAGCUGUUCUCACAGAGCAAUAUCAGCAAAAAAGUGCUAUGGUUGAGCUGUACAAACAAAAACUGGAUGAUACAUGGUUGGUUGUUAGAGAUGAGGCUGCAAGGUGCAAAGCUGCCAAAGAUAUCAUAAGAGUUCUAACUGAUCAGUGCAAUGCCUUGUCAAAGAAACUUUCAAUUGGUCAGCUAUCAGAAAACUCCAAGAUAACACCUGAUAGCACCCCAAGACAACCAAUAAAAAUAGAAUUGCAAGGUAACACCGGUGGAUAUCUGGUAACAUGCAAACUCAGUCAGCUAAGCAAUACCCAAAAUCAUGGCGGCAGCAUCCAAACAGAAAAGGAACUAUUACCCCCUUCAAAUGCUGUUGUGCCCGGAGAUGGACCAUUUAGUCAGCAGAUUGGGGCCAGCAGAUUUGCUAAUGAUGGUCACACCACGGAAGCACAAUUGGCCGUCGCUCCAAUUGAUAAUGUGACCGAACAAAUUGAGCAUGGAGUAUAUGUCACGUUUUCUAUAUCCCCCUGUGGAAAGAAAGACAUAAAACGCAUAAGAUUCAGUCGGAAGCAUUUUGGUGAGAAGGAAGCUCAGCAUUGGUGGGAAGAGAACAAGACCAGGGUAUAUGAAAAGUACAAGGUUGAACCAAUGGCAACACCAUCUGUUACUGUGAGCUGCUCUUCAACUCGGUGACCAGCAAAAGGAUUGUAUAGGGGUA